GCCACCCAGCAUAAACCACCAAUGAUGCAGAGAAGAAGAGUGACGAAAAUGCAGGAAGUAAUUAGCUAAGGAGAGUCAGUCAAGAAAACUGAUGUACUUUCAAGGCUACGAUGUCCUGCUUUGAGAGUGAUAAGAGCAGCCUGGAGAAUGAUGAAGCGUGUUGUGGUGGGGCGACCGCGUCACAGCUGUCCAACUGUGCGCUGGCCAUGCUGGAGAAAGAGGGCAGCGACUCUGCGCUGAGCCCCACGGAGAGUACCCCCAUCAGCCUACAGGGCGGCGCCCCACUGCAAGGCUACGACGUGGAGUUCGACCCUCCGCUGGAGAGCAAGUACGAGUGCCCCAUCUGCCUCAUGGCCCUGAGGGCAGCCGUGCAGACGCCGUGCGGCCAUCGCUUCUGCCGCAGCUGCAUCGAGAAGUCCAUCCGUGAUACAGGGCAGAGGUGUCCAGUGGAUAACGAGGUACUACGGGAAGACCAGCUGUUCCCAGAUAACUUUGCCAAGCGGGAGAUCCUCUCCCUAACGGUGCGCUGCACCAACGUAGGCUGCGCUGACAAAAUGGAGCUUCGCCGCCUGGAUGGCCAUGUUAUGAAAUGUGAGUUUGCCACCGUGCCGUGCCCGCUGUGCCAGGACGCGGUGUGGAAGAGCCAGCUAGAGAUUCACCAAAGUCAACACUGCCAGCGGAGACCUGUGUCCUGUCCCGACUGUGUAGAGAGCUUUGUUUACGAGGACAGCAAGGUUCAUGAGUCGCUGUGUCCCUUUGCCAACGUGGUGUGUCAGUACUGCGGUAUGGAGCUCAUCAGAGACCAGUUGGAAUCUCACUAUGACACAGACUGUCCGAAGGCUCCGAUCGCCUGCACCUUCAGCACUUUUGGAUGUGGAGAGAUGAUGCAGCGUAAUGACCUGGCGCAGCACAUGCAGGAGUUCACUCAGAUGCACAUGCGCUGCAUGGCUGAGUACCUGCACAGGCACAGCCUUACCGGGUACACCCAGCCACCUUCUUCUGACGACCGAGGGGCUGCCGCUGCAGAGCUGGGGGCACACGCAGGAGCUAGCAGCAGUGGCGCCCCCUGCCAGUGCUGCGGGGAACUGCAGACCAUGCGGGAGACCACCCAGCAGCUGGAGGGCCGUCUGGUGCGGCAGGACCACCAGCUACGUGAGCUGAGCGUUCAGGCUGUCCUGGUGGCUGAGCUCCGUCGUAAGGUCACCUCGCUGGAGGAGAACCUAAAGGAGCUGGAGGCCAAGCAGUGCCAGGGCGUGUACGUGUGGCCCUUGGAGGGCUUCUCGGGCUACCUACGUACCCAGGCUGCCGGACAGCCCGUUGUGGUGCACAGCCCGGGCUUCUACACGGGCCGGCCGGGCUACAAGCUGUGUCUGCGCCUCCACCUCCAAACGCCCUCGGCCCAGCGAUGCUCCAACUACAUCUCACUGUUUGUUCACACCAUGCAGGGGGAAUUUGAUGGGCAGCUGUCGUGGCCCUUCCAAGGCACCAUCCGUCUGGCCGUGCUGGACCAAGGGCCUGAUGGCCAGCACCAUGUGGAGGUGAUGGAGACCAAACCUGACCUGCAGGCCUUCCAGAGGCCCACCAUACAGAGGAACCCCAAGGGCUUUGGCUACGUCACCUUCCUGCACCUGAUGGAGCUGCAGCAGCGGGGGUUUGUGCACGAUGACACGCUGCUGGUGCGCUGCGAGGUGACGCCGCGCUUCGACACCGCCCUGAGGCGCGAGGGGGCGGCCAUGCAGCCCAGAGGGCCCGAGGCCUCGCUGUGAGGACCCUUUUAACGUUCCGGCGACGAGGUCAUUCGCCACCAACGUUAUCAGUACAAAGUAUCAGUUUGCCAUUUUCCUGACUUCUUGUAUCGCACAGGAUCAUUGCAUUGGGUUCAGUCAUGACCAACCUCAUGGGAAAGUGUACUGCUCAGUUGUGGGUUUUAUCUCCAACUCCAAAAGGCUUUUCUUUGCUGUAGCUUUUGAGAGUGAUGGACUGGAUGUUGGUGGCGAUUAACACCAAGGUUCCCUGCAACAAGUCGAGAGCUUGGGGCUAUAUGGUUUUAUCUGCAGUUUUGUCCAAAUUUAGUUAUUGACAUUAGCCUUAUUCUGUUCAAUGUUCUCUACCUAUAUAUUACUCUAAAUACCCCAAUUCAUGUUCAGUUCAAAAGAAUACAAGAUAAAAAAUUGCUGACACCAUUCAAACCAAUGAGGGUUCAGAACUUUAAAGCCGAUCUCACAAUCAUCUAUUUGCAGACAGAACGUUCUAGUCCCAAGCUCUGUGUUCCAUCACUUAUCCAGCAAUAUGUCGCAGGCUACUGUACUGUUCCAAAUAGAUAGGAUUACAAAAUGUCUUAUGAUGCCUACAUUAGGUUGUAAUAAACAUGACUUUGGUUUCAGUACAUCGUUCUUCGUAACAGCUUUGUAGUGGAGACCGGCAAAGUCUCGUUAAUUAUCAUAACAUGGUAUUACAGUUUAUAUUUAUGUCAAGCUCAAAGUCAUGUUUAUGACAACUUUAUGUUGGCAUUAAAGAAGCCAAUUCAAAUAAGAUGUUACCAUCUCUAAGCAGGAGAUGACCAGAGGCAGAACUACCUAUCAACUUAUUGUACAUCCUGGAUGACGAGUGAGUCAGGAUCACUGGCAUUUCACUGGUCUUCUGGUUGGACGAUCAUACAAGCAAGAUGGGGGCAACAUCCUAACCUGGGUCUUAAUGCACAGCUCUUCUGUCUGUGAAAAUGUGGAAUGAUGUGGCAUCCCUUAAAACCUCUUCUGGAGAAGAGAUUUCCUGAACAAUGGCUGUGAGAUUGGACAUACAAUAAGCAGUUACAUAUGAAUGAGUUGGUAUACACAGUGGUGUAAAGUACUUAUGUACAAAUACUUAAGUACUACUUAAGGCUGUUUUUUUUUGGUGGGUGUCUGUACUUUACUAUUUAUAUUUUUGUCAACUUUUACUCUACUACAUUUCUAAAGAAAAGAAUGUGCUCUUUACUCCAUACAUUUUCCCUGACAGCCAAACCAGCUCGUUACACUUGGAAAUGCUCGGGCUGGAGAGCUAUAUGGUCCAAUCAUGCACAUAUCAGUUUUUUAACCUUCAUUUUAACAGGGAAGAAAUUGAGGCCUAGGUUUCUUUUCCAGAUCUGCCCUGUAUAAUACAAUAUAAAUAAUCACAUUAUACACAACAUAUUACAAUACAAAACACAGUCAUGUGAAGCACUAAUAAAACAUCACAAAUCAUUCAGAAAAAGUGACAUUCCUCCACAAGUAAGUCCCCAAUCAAUACGUUAAAUUGCCUCAAACAGCACCAGAACAUCAAAAUAAAAUGUAUUUAUAUUUUGGGGGGCAAUACGGUGCAUUUUAAGGUAAAACCAGAUUUACCUAGCUCGGUGGAGACCCUAGGAACGUCCAGUUAACGGGUUAGGCAACUCAGGUGUCUAUACUUCAACAGCAAAGUUAGAUAAGAUGGAAGUUUAUGAAGCAGGGCCUUGUAACCAAAAAGGGAGUAAUGUAGAGACCUACGGGUCUUUAGCGAAGUCUAGCCAACCUUUUGAUACAGGAUGCAGUGAUGUGAUGAGUAUCAAAUCUGUCUCCUGUAACAACGAAGGGCAAUAUGGUAGAUGGAAUCCAUAGUUUUAAGAGUAGUAGCAACUGCACUUGGAUAAAUAAUCACCAUAAUCAAGAACAGAUUAAAAGGUUGACUGAAUAAUCUGCUUCCUACUGCUGAGAGAAAGGCACCAUGGCUUUCUGUAGAAAGAAGACCGCUUUAAGUCUUUGCUUCUUAACCAGCUCAUCUGGUUUUUUUAAACGUCAAAUCCAUAUCAAUCCAAAUGCCUUAUUAUUUAUAUGCGGAACACGUUCGAUUGGAGAACCAUCUAAUGAGGGAACAUGUAGUACAUCUGAAACAUUCUGAGUUUAAAAUGUUUUAUUUAGUUUUGUCCAUAUUAAGCACACGUUUUAAAUCAGCAAGGGAUUCCUACAUAGCUCUAAAAGCUGACUAGUUUUGACACAGCCAGAUCAAUGGGGGAGGCAGGUAGCCUGGUGGUUAGAGAGGCAGGUAGCCUGGUGGUUAGAGAGGCAGGUAGCCUGGUGGUUAGAGAGGCAGGUAGCCUGGUGGUUAGAGAGGCAGGUAGCCUGGUGGUUAGAGAGGCAGGUAGCCUGGUGGUUAGAGAGGCAGGUAGCCUGGUGGUUAGAGUGUUGGGCUAGUAACCAGCAGGUAGCCUGUUGGUUAGAGUGUUGGACUAGUAACCAGCAGGUAGCCUGGUGGUUAGAGUGUUGGACUAGUAACCAGCAGGUAGCCUAGUGGUUAGAGCGUUGGACUAGUAACCAGCAGGUAGUCUGGUGGUUAGAGCGUUGGACUAGUAACUAGCAGGUAGCCUGGUGGUUAGAGUGUUGGACUAGUAACCAGCAGGUAGCCUGGUGGUUAGAGUGUUGGACUAGUAACCAGCAGGUAGCCUGGUGGUUAGAGUGUUGGACUAGUAACCAGCAGGUAGCCUGGUGGUUAGAGUGUUGGACUAGUAACCAGCAGGUAGCCUGGUGGUUAGAGUGUUGGACUAGUAACCAGCAGGUAGCCUGGUGGUUAGAGUGUUGGACUAGUAACCAGCAGGUAGCCUGGUGGUUAGUGUUGGACUAGUAACCAGCAGGUAGCCUGGUGGUUAGUGUUGGACUAGUAACCAGCAGGUAGCCUGGUGGUUAGUGUUGGACUAGUAACCAGCAGGUAGCCUGGUGGUUAGUGUUGGACUAGUAACCAGCAGGUAGCCUGGUGGUUAGUGUUGGACUAGUAACCAGCAGGUAGCCUGGUGGUUAGAGUGUUGGACUAGUAACUAGCAGGUAGCCUGGUGGUUAGUGUUGGACUAGUAACCAGCAGGUCGCCUGCUGGUUAGAGUGUUGGACUAGUAACCAGCAGGUAGCCUGGUGGUUAGAGUGUUGGACUAGUAACCAGCAGGUCGCCUGCUGGUUAGAGUGUUGGACUAGUAACCAGCAGGUAGCCUGGUGGUUAGAGUGUUGGACUAGUAACCAGCAGGUAGCCUGGUGGUUAGAGUGUUGGACUAGUAACCAGCAGGUAACCUGGUGGUUAGAGUGUAGGACUAGUAACUGGAAGGUUUAUAGAUCGAAUCCCCGUACUGACAAUGGAAAACUGUCAUUCUGCCCCUGAACAAGGCAGUUAACCCACUGUUCCCCUGAACAAGGCAGUUAACCCACUGUUCCCCGGUAGGCCGUCAUUGUAAAUAAGAAUUUGUUCUUAACUCACUUGCCUAGUUAAAUAAAAUAAAAUAGUCGGGGCAAUAGUGUACAUAAUAGUAUCAUCCACAUUUAAAUGAAGUUAACAGAUUGACCAAUGGUGUUAAUAUAAAGAGUGAAUAGAAAUGGUCCCAAAAUCGGGAUUUGACCGUUUUUCAGAAUUUACACGGGUUCCCAUUACAAUCCGAAAGAGCAGUUACAUAAUCCGAUUUAGCCUUGCUGAUUUGUCUUGCACAAUGAUUCCUCAGUUGCUUAAAGCUUGCCAGUCCGGGCCUAAGCCUGCGUUCCUGGCCUUGACCCAAGCAUCACCUCUUUUAUAAAUGACUUCUGAUCAUUCUGGAGUGUACCAGGCAUUCCAUCUACCUUUAACCCUUCAUUUUUUUGAAGGGAGCAUGAUUAUCCACAAUAGUAUUGAAGACAUCUGCAAAAAGGCUGAAAGCUAAAUCAUGUUGAUGGAUAGCUGAAAUACAAUCAAGGUCACUAAAAUAAAGAUGAAAAGCCUGUUCACUUAAGUUUUUAAAGUUCCUCUUUGUGUUCAGAUGAGGUUUAGAUUUGUGUUGUCUCACAUCUCUAACACAAACAACAGUCAGUUUAUUUUAUUAUUUUACCCCCCCCCCCCCCUUUUUUUCUCCCCAAUUUCGUCAUUUUCAAUUUUGAUCUUGUCUCAUCGCUGCAACUCCCCAACGGGCUCGGGAGCGGUGACGGUCGAGUCAUGUGUCCUCCGUACAUAUGACCCACCAAAUCAUGCUCCUUAAUGAAACACCUGCCAGCUUGGAGGAAACACCGUCCAACUGACGACUGAAGUCAGCCUGCAGGCGCCCAGCCAGCCUCAAGGAGUCGCUAGAGCGCGAUGAGCCAAGUAAAGCCCCCUGGCCAAACCCUCCCCUAACCCGGACGACACUGGGCCAAUUGUGCUCUGUCCUAUGGGACUCCGGUCACGGCCGGUUGUGAUACAGCCUGGGAUCAAACCCGGGUCUGUAGUGACACCUUAGACCGCUGUGUCACCCGGGAGGCCCUGGCAAUGGGCAGUUUCAGUCAAUACCAGAUUAUCUGGAUUCGCCUGCAUAGCCCAGAUCUUGAUGUAAUCAAGAUUAGGAACUAAGCUCCUAAUGUUCAGAUGCAUCAACCCAGGUCUUUUGCGAUUUUUAAAGUCACAUGGAAACUAACUCCAACAAGCUACGUUCAAUAGAUGGUUACAGGCCCUGUCUGAUGGUUAAUAUUGAUAUAGUUGGUAUGGCUAUCAGAUUGCAUAGGACUGCACCAUUUGGUCGAUCCCCAUUAGUAAUAGCCGAAGGCGUAGAAAUGGGAUAUAACACAUUGUCAUCCCUACUGCCUCUGAUCUGAUGGACUCACUGAACACAAAUACUUUGUUGGUAAAUUAUGGUGGAGUAUUGGAGUGGUGGAGUAUUGGAGUGGUGGAGUGUUGGAGUGUCUUCUGUCCGUAAAUGAGAAAAACAAACAAGAAAAUGGUGCCGUCUGCUUUAAUAUAAGGAAUACGAUGUGUAGCAUUUGCUUUAGAAUUUUUGUUUAAAAAUAUUUAAAAAUAUCAGAAUUGACUACUUUUUACACCACUGUAUUUAAGUACAUUUUAAACCAAAUACUUUGACUUUUACUUAAGUAGUAUUUUACUGGGUAACUUUCACUUUUACUUGAGUAAUUUUCUAUUAAGAUAUCUUUACUUCUACUCAAGUAUGACAAUUGAGUACUUUUCCCACCACUGGGUAUACAUAAGGCAUUCAUAACAUGUAUGAAACCAGUCGUGACACCUUCAUGAAUGAUACAGUAUCAUAACACAUUUAUUCAGCAUCAUGUAUAAGGGGCCUACGGUGUAUCCACCAGUUAGCAGACUCUUUCCAUAGGAUACUGAACCAAUGGAAACACAGUCACAGGUACUGAGAAAACUACGCUUUGCUUUGUGUAUUGCUCAACAGGGAAAAAAUGUACUCUUGCAUCAAAGUUACUGUAGGUGCUUGUGUCAACAAGUGGCAUGAUUCCAUUCCUAACAAUUAACAUCCAUCCAGUCCAUUCAUACCCAGAAAUGGAAGUCAACCAGGGAGAGGACGGAGUGAGUUAUCCGUUUGGAAUUAGAUCAAUGCCUUCUGUUGCCAAGAAAGACUCAAGACUAUUGAGCAGAGUCAUAAUAAAUGUUCUCCCUGUGUCUGUGGCGUUAUUAGCAGAGCAGUGGAGAUAAUACAUGUUCUCCCUGUGUCUGUGGCGUUAUUAGCAGAGCAGUGGAGAUAAUACAUGUUCUCCCUGUGUCUGUGGCGUUAUUAGCAGAGCAGUGGAGAUAAUACAUGUUCUCCCUGUGUUUGUGGCGUUAUUAGCAGAGCAGUGGAGAUAAUACAUGUUCUCCCUGUGUCUGUGGCGUUAUUUUGUGGCCUCACAUCACAUCAAUGGAUGAAGAUUGUUGACCACAUCAUACAGUAGCUACAAUUGACAAUUGGAUGAGGCUAUGGAGCUAUGGAGACAUCCUCACCCACCAGAAUGGAUAACUUACUCUCAUACGUUUAAUCCCACUGGACUUUGGAUUGUUUCUUGUGGAAUAAGUGGAAUAUAUUUGUGUGGACAUAUAUGCCUUACUGUGUUGUUUUGUUUAAAAUCAAUUUAAAAAGCUGCAAAUCUGUCUGCAGUCUACAUAGAUCAGUAAUCUCUACAGUACAGUGCCUUCAGAAAGUAUUCAUACCCCUUGACUUAUUCCACAUUUUGUUGUGUUACAGGCUGAAUUCAAAAUAGAUUAAGUAGAUUUGUUUCCUCACACACAAUACCACAUAAUGAAAAAGUAUUUUUUUUUAAAUGUAUUGCAAAUUAAAUAUAGAAAUAUCUAA